AUGCAGUUCUCCUCCCAAGUCCUCGCACUCGCAUUCGCACUCGCACUCGCCGUCCUCCCCUCAGCCUUUGCGGCCCCGGCCCAAACCGACUUCCGUAUCAGCCCGAGCGUCAACACGAACAAGUGUCUCAACGUGCGGGGCAAUCUCUUGGCCAACGGAACUGCUGUCGACAUCUUCGACUGCAACAGGUCCUCCGCGCAGAACUGGGUCAUCAGCCCCGGGUCUACGAGCGUCCAGCUGUCGGGAACGGACUUCUGUCUCGAUGCGGGCUCGAGCCCCGCGAAUGGCGUAGGUAUGAAGAUCUGGCAAUGCUUCGACGACCUCCCCGCGCAGGAGUGGUUCCUCACCAGCGACGACCGCAUCGCCCUCGAGAACCAAGGAUUCUGUCUUGAUCUUACCAACGGAGACGUUACGAACGGCAACCAGGUCCAGAUUUGGCAGUGCACCGACAACGAUGUCAACCAAGCUUGGGUCCUUUGA